AUGCCACACGUUGCUUGGGAAAAUCGGGCGGCUGCUAAACGGGCCAGCGUCCAGAAAGCCAUUCCAGCGCCAUGGCGAGUCAGCCUCGACCAGAUACCACGCCGUGAAGACGGGCUGCCAAUUCUUGAUAUCCUUCAGAAACACCUGUCCGAGGACGAGUUGAUAAUAACUGAGGCUCCUCCCUUGGACACGCUAGCCAGUAUACAUGGGGGGAUCUGGUCUAGCGAGGACGUUGUUCGUGCUUACUGUCACAGGGCUGCCAUCUGUCAUCAAUUUGCCAACUGUCUCACGGAGGUGUUAUUCGAGGAAGCUAUCAAGACUGCAAGAGACCUGGACCAGUACCGUCGUGAGAACGGGUGCUUGAAAGGCCCACUCCAUGGCCUGCCCAUCAGUUUCAUGGACCGCUUUCGGGUAUCUGGGACAGAGACAGCCGCCGGCUUUAUCUCCUGGCUUGGGGCUAAGGAGACUGAGGCCACGGAGUCGCUCAGUGUCCGUCACAUGCGGACACUAGGCGCCAUCCCCUUUUGCAAGACUAACGUCCCUCAAAGCAUGGCACUGGCAGAAACCACCAACAACAUUCACGGGAGCACCCGCAAUCCACAUUCAGGACUUCUUUCCAGCGGUGGUGCUGCAGGAGGGGAGGGCUCAUUGCUUGCGAUGAGAGGCUCUCCAUUUGGAUGGGCCACCGAGUUUGCCGGAUCAGCCCGCAUUCCAGCAGCAUUUAACGGUCUGUUUAGCCUCAAGGUCUCCUCCGGACGAUUGCCAACGCUCGGGAUUGCCACAAGCGACUCGAGUCUGCCGUCGAGGAAUUUCACCAUAGCCAUGAUGUCAUGGGACUUCCCUUUACUGCGGCACAUGGCAAGGCUCUGCCUCGGAGCAACUGCGUACGAGGAAGAUCCCACGUGGGUUGACAUGCCGUGGAGAGAAGCCAAAAUCAGAGGACUGACGCAUCGUCGCCCGGCAUUUGCGGUCCUGGAAUGCGAUGGUAAUGUCCAGCCACAGCCACCUAUUCGACGAGCUUUGAGGUCAAUUGUUCACUCCUUACGGCGAGCGAACUAUCAGGUCCUGGAAUGGAAGCCCCCUCCCCAGGCAGCAGUGGUACAGGCUUACUUCAAAACCAUAGGCGCUGACGGUGCGCAAGCAACGCGACAGCAUAUCAAAGCGGGUGGAGAGCCGCCCGUGCCAAUGCUAAGGGAGUGGUAUUGCCAGGAGGCCGCUUCGCCUUUACCUCUGCCGGAGUAUUUGACUUUGAUUCGAUCGCUCCGAAAGUACCAGGCAGAGUAUCAAAAGUUCUGGAAGUCGACUGAAAAGAGCACAGUCAGUGGCACCCAGGUCGAUGGAGUAAUCAUGCCCGUCUGCGCGAACGCCGCGUGCUUCGAGAAUACAUUGACAUAUUUUGGGUAUAGUGCGAUCGUCAAUGUCCUCGACUUCCCGGCAGUCUCAUUCCCAGCUGGUUCGGUUGAUAAAACCCUCGACGCCAUAGCCAGCUCAUUUGUCCCGUUGAGUCAAGAAGACAACUCCGUAAACGCUUCAUAUAACAGCUCCGCCUUUCACGGGGCUCCCGUAGGUCUCCAAAUCAUGUGUCGGAGGUUUGAAGAAGAAAAGGCACUCAGACUCGUUGAGCUUGUCCUUCAGUCGCAGGCCGCCUGCCAAAAAUGA